AUGAAUAGGCCUGAGAGCAAUAACAACAGUGCGGGUCUGUCGCCUGUGUUGCCUCUCACAAGCGUCGGCAACGUGCUGAUGUUUCUCUUCGGCAUCGCGCUGGCGACGGCCAUCGUUUUCCUCAACGUGUCGGUCUUCCUCUCCAUCGUGCUGGACAAGGCGCUGCGCAGCGAGAACCGCUUCAUGUACAUGCUCAGCACCUGCUUCAGCGACAUCUGCACCGGCGUCUCGUAUUACUACGUCGGGGUUCUCGACGUGAGGGACAGCUACGACUCCCCCACCAGAACGUACUACAUUGCGCCCACGUUUCUCGGGCUCUCCUACAUGGCCAUCCUCGCCGCCCAGGCGGACAGGUACCACGCCGUCACCGCGCCUCUCCAUUACGCACGGCGGAUGAGCCGUAACAGGACCCUACUGGUCAUCCUGGCCUACUGGCUCUACGCCUUUGUCAUCGUGGCUGUUAACAAUCUGGUCACCGUCGGGGUGGCCAAAAGGGUCACGGGCAUCGGCACGUUCGUGGGGAAUAUAUGCACGGUGAUCAUCAUGAUAGGGAUGAACGUCAGGCUCUUCCUCAUAGCCAAGUUUCAGCUGCAGAGGGAGCGGCCCUCGGCAGAGGGGGAAAGCAAGCGGUCGUCGGUGUACCUGAUCAUCGUCGUCGCCGUGUUUUUCCUAACGGCGUGGCUGCCCAUAUUCAUUCACAUCAUUGUGUGCAACUUCGGCGGGUCGACGUGUUACUCGUUUAAAAACGAAGGCGUGGACCCCCUCCGCAUCCUGCCUCGCGUCAACGCCGCGCUGACCCCCGUCCUCUACGUCAGAGGGAGCGCCGGGCUGCGCGCCACGCUGCUCGGCAGGGUGUGGAGAGUGCGCUGCGGCAGGACGAGGUAG